AUGGACCAUGCAAAGGUCCUGAAUUGUGAUGAAGCUGAUUGGCAGGCGAGCCUGGAACAGAUGGGUUGGUCUAUGUGCCCCAGGGAUUCCCCUUUCCUCAAGGGUUUGUGGAGACAUGAUCCAAUGCCGGGAGCUAACAGAUGGAAACAAUCGAGCAAAGAAAGCAGGAUGCGAUUCGCGUUCGUCAUUUCAUGUAUCAUUUUACUGCUGGGCUUCAUCGUGGGCUCCACACUCACGGCAUCCCAGUUCUCGAACCAUAGGUGCGACAAAGCAAACUGGUGGGCGAGCUUAGAUAGGAACACAUGGUCUGUUUGUCCCGAAACCAACAUUUAUCUCCGAGGAUUUUGGAGGAGUGCUUUUAAGAAAAGAGACGAAAGAGUUGGACGCCUGCAAGAGGGAAGGUGCUGCGAUGCUGUGCUACCCGAAUAUGCAGGCCAACCGGCAACGUGUUCAGAGGUGGACUUGUCAGACAAGUUGAAUCGGUAUAAUGUCUGGGCGCUUUGUCCAUCCGGUUAUUUCAUGAAUGGCCUCAGGCUUGGUUAUGCUGCUCCCGCUUUAUUGUAUAACAUAGACGAGGCAAAAUGUUGCCAUCCACAGAACCAUCCCAAAAGUGAUGGAUAUUGUUAUGAGGAAAAUGUUACCAUUUCAUUUAAGAAAAAAGGAUGGAGCGAAUGCCAGGGGGAAGGUUUUUACAUGACCGGUUUCUACAAAAGUAGCUGUGAUGAGCUCUACUGUAUUGAGAAGUUCAGAUGUUGCAAGAUGAAAAGCGGUAAUAUUGUUUGCUUAUCUGAUUAA